UGCUGUCGCCGUCUCCCACGCCGUCGCCUCGGUCUUCCCGCUCGCGUCGGGCCGGGCGCCGCCUCCCCGCUGCCUGCCUUUUUGCUGCGGUCAUGUAGGAAAUCGUAAAUCAUGUGAAGAUGGGACUCUUGGUGUUUGUGCGCAAUCUGCUGCUAGCCCUCUGCCUUUUUCUUGUGCUGGGAUUUUUGUAUUACUCUGCGUGGAAGCUGCGCUUGCUCCAGUGGGAGGACUCCAAUUCAGUGGUUCUAUCCUUUGACUCCGAUGGACAAACUCUAGGCUCAGAGUACGACCGGUUGGGCUUCCUCCUGAAGCUGGACUCUAAACUGCCUGCAGAGUUAGCCACCAAGUACGCAAACUUUUCAGAGGGAGCUUGCAAGCCUGGCUAUGCUUCCGCCCUGAUGACUGCCAUCUUCCCCCGGUUCUCCAAGCCAGCACCCAUGUUCCUGGACGACUCUUUCCGCAAGUGGGCUAGGAUCCGCGAAUUUGUGCCGCCUUUUGGGAUCAAAGGUCAAGACAAUCUGAUCAAAGCCAUCUUGUCAGUCACCAAAGAGUACCGCCUGACACCUGCCUUGGACAGCCUCAGCUGCCGCCGCUGCAUCAUCGUGGGCAACGGAGGUGUCCUUGCCAACAAGUCACUGGGGUCACGAAUUGAUGAUUAUGACAUUGUGGUCAGACUGAACUCAGCACCAGUGAAAGGCUUUGAGAAGGACGUGGGCAGCAAAACUACACUGCGCAUCACCUACCCAGAGGGCGCCAUGCAGCGGCCUGAGCAGUAUGAACGCGAUUCUCUCUUCGUCCUCGCUGGCUUCAAGUGGCAGGACUUCAAGUGGUUGAAGUACAUCGUCUACAAGGAGAGAGUGAGUGCGUCGGAUGGCUUCUGGAAGUCUGUGGCCACUCGAGUGCCCAAGGAGCCCCCUGAGAUUCGUAUCCUCAACCCAUAUUUCAUCCAGGAAGCCGCCUUCACCCUCAUCGGACUUCCCUUCAACAACGGCCUCAUGGGCCGUGGGAACAUCCCGACCCUUGGCAGUGUGGCAGUGACCAUGGCACUACACGGCUGUGAUGAGGUGGCAGUCGCAGGCUUUGGCUACGACAUGAGCACGCCCAAUGCACCCCUGCACUACUAUGAGACCGUGCGCAUGGCAGCCAUCAAAGAGUCCUGGACACACAACAUUCAGCGAGAGAAAGAGUUUCUGCGGAAGCUGGUCAAAGCUCGUGUCAUCACUGACCUAACCAGUGGCAUCUGAGAUGUGCCCAGCACAGAGCCACGGAGGUCCUGGCACUGCCAAGAGCAAGCAGCAGCCACCACCACCUGCCCACUUCGCUGGCCUUGGUCUGGCUCUGCCUGAGAGGCACGGGAGUCCUCAGACCCAGGGAGGGGCUGUGCCGAGUAGCCCCAGGGGUGGCGAGGCCUUGGCAGGGCAGCCAGAGCUGUGUCUGCUCAGUCCAGCCUCAGAGACCAGCAUUUGGCCUCACUCUCGGCCUGGAUCCUUGAAGCCAGGGCUUGGGAGGCCCCAGCCAUGGCCAGCAGGCCAGCAUGCAGGAGGUGGACGUUAGGCAGCAAGGCGGCUGCCGGAAUUAUUUCUCCAAUCAGUGUUUGGUGUAUGAUCAUUUUGUGAAUUUGGGGGGGAGGGGAGGGAUAAUUUAUUUUUAGAUAAGGUUGGAGAUGUCGUUUGGUCCACUUGCUGUGCAGAAAGAGGCCCAGUAGAGGGCCCGUCAGGCAGUGGUGCCAAUGGGCCCCCCCCACAGAGUGGGGGUGCCGCAACUAGCCAGUGCUCUGCUCCGGAGCUACGGGGAGGGACGUGGGAUCUCAUGCCAGCCGCCUUCAGCUCCUGACACUGUUUGGCCUUUCUUGGGGAACAGAUGGGGUACUCCCACACGCCAGCCCCUGACAGUCCCCCAGGGGAGCCCUGGAGCCACCCUUCAAGCCAACAGGACAGCCUCUGGACAGGAGCACAGAGAGCUUCAGAGCUCGGGGUGAGGCCGGGCCUGGACCGACCAGCUUGGCCGCUGUUCUGGGCUUCAGCAGUGAGACUGCCAGGUCCUUGGGUUCUGCCUUCAGCCUGGACCAGAGCAGAGUGAGGCUUAAGGACCUCACCCAGGCUGCGGCAGUCAACCACGGAAGCAAUAAAGCUCUUCCCUAAA